AACUCUUUGAUCUUGAUCUUUGAUGCAACAGCCAUACUGAUUUCUAACCUUCAUGAUCAACACUAGAAGUGUGCUGCAUCAAAAUUAUUCCUGGGGCAUCAUUCAAUUAACCAAGAUUAUAUGGAUAGAAAUUGAACAUGAGCUCCAAACGCCCCCCCGACGGACUCUCGAAAGGGUCCCAACAAAACCCUAAGCACCAGCGAAGAUCGAAGAGAUGCAGGCCAGGGCAACCAAAGGUUCGGCGAAACCAUACAAUCAACCUUGAUGGGCUUGCUCCUCAGCUCCACGGACAAUGGAAAGCAUGGCCUGAACUCACGAUACAUCUUGAGGGAUUGCCAACUUCAGUCACGACUUCAAAUCUCUGGGACUGGUUCUCUCAUGAGGGAGAAAUCGCAUACAUGGAUAUCUACGAGACGCAAAGAAAUCCGAACAUCAGUAACGCCAAAAUCAGGUUCGAACCACCGCCAGAGCGAAACUUUUGGUACACGGGCAGUUAUGUUGUUCGCCAUCACGACAGAAAACAACAUCCCAAACAGAUUGAGAUUUCUAUCAAGCUUUCCAAUCACGUACCUCCAGGCUUUCUGAAAAGCCCGGUACAUCCUGACCGGACUUGCCCUGUCAAACUGACACUCUAUCCUGCGGCCAUACAUUUCGGGAGCCUGACAGGGGAGAAAUCAAUGAAGAUCAUGAAGUCUAUCCCUGGGAUGGGCAAUGGACGAAGUCUUAAACUCGAGCUCAGCCCGAAAUACCAGAGACUGACCGUGUUCUUCCCCAUACCGAGUGUUGCGGGGGGAAACAGAACUGAACGACAACACAAAGUUGUUAUUGACUUUUCGAGUAUGAAGAAUGUUUACCAAACAGCAGCCGUUGAUAAUUGCUGUACUCUUGUUGUUCCUCUCAAGACGCCACCUCAGUACUAUUGGAAGACACCUGACAUCCAUUCGACCUUUUCCGAUGAAACCAAGAAUUGGAGUGUUAUGGAGAGCUGGAAUCGUGCAACAAAUAUUGUUCAACAAGCUGGUCUCCCUAUGAUGUACCCUGUCACUCUCCACAACGAUUUCCAAGAUCCCGAAUUCGUUGAUAUCGGCCGAUGGACCACUCUUGGGUUCGUUCUGGAUGGGGGAACUGAAAUAGCAAGCCAGGUCAAUCAACAGUUGGUGAGCAUCCUGGACGACUUCAACAUCACCACUAAAGUUCAAGAUGAUUUCAAGACUGUCCAUGGAACAAAAGCAAAGAUGUGGGAAUACAUAGACCACCAGGCUCCUACCGAAGGGCACAACGCACUUCAGAUGCUUCAGUACUCCCCGGACUCGAUUGUUCAUCUGCCUUUCGAAAUUAGAUACCAGCUUGAAGUUUGUAUUUCACGCGGCUAUCUCAACGAACACAUGAUAGGCAGGGAGUUCUUGGAGAGACUUGCGAACAUGAAGCCAGCCAAAGCCAGGCUUUGUCUCGAAUCCGUGGCUGAUAACGCUCAAGUUGUCAUCGACCCAAUGGCUAUUUUAGAGGAGUCUCAGAUUGAUGGCUCUAUAAUAAUGUCAAGAAUUCCUUCUCAUUGUUGUCUCAUCCGUAAAGCCGUCAUCACGCCAACAACCAUUCGCUAUACAACACCUACAGUGGAGAUGUCCAACCGCGUCAUGCGCCGCUACAAGCAUUAUGAGGAUCGCUUCCUCAAAAUCCAAUUCACCGAAGAGAUGGAAAAGGGGAAGAUUGCGGUAAACAAGGACCAAAAUGACGAGAUCUACAAAAGAGUGCUUCGUUCAAUGUAUAAAGGCGUCCGUAUCGGCGAUCGUUUUUACGAAUUCCUUGCCUUUGGCAACUCGCAGCUCAGAGUCAACGGCGCUUACUUCUUUUGUCCCACGGAACACCUAUCAUGCGACGAUAUCCGCAGGUGGAUGGGUCAGUUUAGCCAUAUAAAGGUUGUGGCGAAGUAUGCUGCUCGCCUCGGCCAAUGCUUCUCUACCACACGAGAGCUUCAUGCAAUUUCGGCGCCGGCAACUCAACAGAUACCUGAUAUUGAGAGGAACGGCUACUGCUUCACCGACGGCAUCGGCAAGAUAUCGUCGUUCUUGGCGCAGCUUAUCAGCGAAGACAUGAUUCUUGAUGUUAUUGCGCGACCCUCCGCCUUCCAGUUUCGUAUGGGUGGCUGUAAAGGGGUUCUCGCCAUUUGGCCCAACGACACCAAAGUCAUGGAAGUCCAUAUUCGCGAAUCCCAGAAGAAGUUCGAGUCAGAUUCCAAAGGUCUCGAAAUUAUCCGCAGUGCAGCAAUGGCAACAGCAACUCUCAAUAGACAAACAAUCACCAUUCUCGAAUGUCUUGGGGUCCCCAUCGCUUCCUUCACUAACCUGCUUGACCACCAGUUGCGGUCGUAUGAGCUGGCCAUGGAGGACAACGAUGUUGCAAUAGACAUGUUGACCAAAUUUGUUGACGAGAACAAUAUCUCUGACCUGCUCAGGGCUGGCUUCAAAACAGAUGAUCUGCAGGAACCCUUCGUUGUUAACGUACUUAAACUUUGGAGAUCUUGGUCCUUAAAGCUACUCAAGGAGAAAGCAAGGAUUCAGGUGCAGAAAAGUGCUUUCAUCCUUGGCUGCGUCGAUGAAACUGGCACCCUCAGAGGUCACUCAUCCGAACCCGAAGGCUCCGAAGAUAAAGCUAUCGAUAGACUUCCGCAAAUCUUCAUUCAGCUGAGCGACGCAACACACUAUAACAAGACUCAGGUCAUCAGCGGAGUAUGCAUAAUUGGACGCAACCCUUCGCUGCACCCGGGAGACAUUCGUGUUGUUGAAGCAGUGGACUGUCCAGCCCUGCAUCACCUGAGGGAUGUCGUUGUAUUUCCAUCCACUGGCGAUCAGCCUGUUCCUAAUAUGCUUUCUGGUGGUGACCUUGACGGCGAUGACUUCUUCGUAAUAUGGGAGCCGACUCUGAUUCCUAGAAGAUGGAAUUAUCCGCCUAUGAAUUACUUAGCACCCAAACCCAUUGAGCUUGAUCGUGAUGUCACGGUCGACGAUCUCAGGAACUUCUUCGUCAAGUACCUAAAGAACGAUAAACUGCCGCUCAUUGCGACAUCUCAUCUAGCAUUUUCAGACGACCUUGGCCCAAUGUCACCAAAAUGUCUUGAACUUGCAGAGCUGCACUCCAAAGCAGUGGACUAUCCGAAGACGGGUGACCCAGCGGUAUUGAGACGAGAUCAACAACCUCGGAAGUGGCCCCAUUUUAUGGAGAAGAAGAACAGCUACACCUCCAGGAAAGCUCUUGGUGUCAUAUUUGACAAAGUGAAAGUUUGAACUCAAGCGAGACACACUCAAAUCUGCAAGAAAAAUCAAGACACAAUACGAUACGUCUGUACGCCGACUACUGAGCCAACAUGCGCUCAAGACUGAAUUUGAGCUUUGGACUGGCUUUGCCAUGUCGAAACCUGCUGUUGGUUCAGACUACAAAGUUCAGGAGGAGCUUCGUCGUGAGUACAAUAAUCUCAAGGCGGCAUUUCGACAGCUAUGUAUCGAUACUGCAGGUUCUAAGAAUGCAGAGAAACUCGAACCCUUUGUCGCAGCCAUGUACAAGGUAACCGAUGAGGAAACGAAAAUUGCACUAUACGAGCACCACCGAGGAGUCAUCAACGACGCGGGAACCCUCUUGCAACCGCGCAAGCUAGAACCAAAGUCAAUGCCUCUGAUUAGUUUCCCCUGGAUCUUCCAUAAGGAGAUGUGCCGUAUGGCAAACUCUAGUAACCUUGAACUGAGAUCUCCACUUGCCGCGGGACAUCGUCAAGGAGAAAUGCCAGGGUUUGGCGAGCACCUUGAGCCAACAGUGAAGAAUGAUGCCACGCCUGCAAAACAAGAGGUCCCCGAAGUGUCUGAGCUGGCGCCUGAGAUCCAUUCUCACCUUCCGGACGGCACAGUCCUUCAUCGAGGACAGCCAUUGGCUAUUUUCCCUCUGGAAGACGAUGCGGUCCCCGAGGGAGAUGACGACUUUCCUAAUGACAUUUCGGGUUCAGGGCAAUCAUCUUCUGUUGGAGAUGAUUUUGAAAUGGUCAGCGACGAACAGCCAGAUCUUUCAUCAGAGAAUGGCCUGGAAGUUGAAGUUCCGAGUGAUGACAUCGUCGAAGACGAGACAGACUCGAUCUACAGCGAUGAAUUGGAGGAGGAAGACGCCGAAGAAGCUAUUGAUCGCUUGGUCAGCCUCAUGGGUGAGGUGGAUGCCAAGUGACCAUUGGCAUUGGGAUCAGCUGCCGAUACGACCACGGCAUUGGCCUAAGAUUGAAAAUCUUGGUGCUGGAGAAAUUGUCGCGUGCAAGAAUGGACCAUUGUAACGGUAAGGACGACAACGGGGCCAGCCAGUUGGUAAGGAAAAGGUAGACAGUAAACUCAGUAGUACAACAAACCAAAGUUUUGGGACUACCAGGUUACUUAGGCUGAUAAUCAAAUUCAUCGUCUGAUGCAAAGAUCC